CGCUCCUCAGUAGAGCAAUUAAAGCAUUCAACCACACGUUUUGGAAAAAGAGAGCAUACUGUACCUAAGUCAACAAGAAAAGGGAAUCCCGCGGGAGAAUGAGGGUAUCUUUAAGAAGAAUGACUAUUUUAACCAACAGUUUUGCUAUGGUUAUCUUAUUCACUAUAGCUUCAGCAGCUGAUCAGUUCAAGUGCCAUAACAAGGUAGACAUGGUUAUUCUCUUGGAUGGGUCAGGAAGCGUUACAGCAGAUCAGUUUAAAAUCGCAAAGAAAUUUGCUGCUGACCUUGUAAAACACUUUGAUAUUUCGAAAGUCAGGACUAACGUGGCUGUUGCAUCAUACAGUCAAUACGUGAAAACUGGAAGGACGUUUCACGAUGAUGCUUCGCAAGAAGCCAUAUUAAAGGCGAUAGAUGGAAUCCAUUAUGAGGGGGCCGCCAGUAGACUCGAUCUUGCGUUUGGACUUGUGCAGUUUGGACUUUUCGAUGGCAAACAAGGGGCAAGGAUAAGUGAUAAAAGUGUAAAGAAGGUAGCAGUGUUUGUAACAGAUGGCUACAGCACUAGAGGAGUAGAAUUCACAAGACAGAGUGCUGAUUCAUUAAUAGAGAAAGGUGUCAACUUAUUCUCUGUGGGUAUUACUGAUCACAUCGAUAAAGAUGAACUGAACGAGUUGGCAAGUACGCCGCGAAAAAGCCAUCAGCUCAUUAUAGACACUCUUGGCAAGUUCUUCACAAAAGAGCAAGUUGAGCGCUUUGCAAAAGAGAUUUGCAAAAUCGACUGAACGAGAACAUUCCAUAACAGAAAGAUUUCAAACAACGACGUUCGGUACGUUUUAUUAACUAUGAUACCUUUAGUAGAAAAUUCAAACAUUUUUUGAGUUUAGAAAUGAAACGUCUGGUUAAAAUAAAUGUUAAGUUGUCCUUGCAUUGUCCUCGCAUUUGGCGUCGGAGCGUUCCGGAUAUGUAGGGGAACAUGAAGAAAAAAGGAAAGUAAGCUUGCCUAUGGAAUUUUUUUCUGGUCGUUAGCUUUCUUGGUAGUCUGACCCACUAAACCUGUAACCACACCACAGUUGAUGACUAGGCUCGAUUUAUACCAGCCGCCGUUCGGGAACCGGAGCCCGUGCUCCUCCCCGAAGGGAGGAACGAAAAAGACCGGACCCGAGAGAGCGGCG